GCCCUCCGGAAGCUGUCAGUUAGCCUACGCUGUAAACAGCCCAACCGCCCCGCUACGAUGCUCGCUCGGUUCUCUCCGGCUUUACUCUCCAUUUACCCGGGUUAAACCUACACACAGCUAGUCGCUCCAGCCCCAGAACAACAGCCGAACCGAGCCGAGCCGAGUUAACUGUCCGAGUCCGGCAUGAAUGAGACGGAGGGGCUCCGGUUCCGGCGCGUGCACCGACCGCAGGUCAUCACCGACGAGCUGCCAGAGAACCGUUCAAAAGGAUCCGGGACGUACAGCGGGAAGGUUUUCAAGGUGACGCUCAUCUCUCUAGGCUGCUUCCUGCUUCUUCCUCUCCUGGUCAUCAUCCUCAUCAUCGAGUCUCCCAUCCACCCAGAGGUGUUCAGUCUGAAGGAGCCCCCCCAGAUGAAGGGCUGCUGGGAGCCCAACCUCAAGCUGAGAGACGCUCAGAGACUGUUUGAGGACCAGAUCACCGGACCAGAGUCCAUCGCCAACAUCGGAGAUGUUCUGUAUGCUGGAACAGCUGACGGGAAGAUCGUGAAGCUGGUCGGUCGGAGAAUCGUCACAGUGGCGAGACUCGGGAAGCUUCCCUGUGGCUCUAAAGAAGAGGAGUCUAGCUGUGGGAGGCCUCUGGGAAUCCGAGUCGGACCCAACGGGACUCUGUUUGUGGCCGAUGCUUACCUGGGUCUGUUCGAGGUCAACCCCACCACAGGUGAAGCAACCCGGUUGGUGUCCGGUGGUCAGGUGGUGGCCGGCAGGAAGCUGUCGUUCAUCAACGACGUUGCCGUGACGCAGGACGGUAAGAAGCUGUACUUCACCGACUCGAGCAGCCGGUGGCAGCGCCGAGACUACCUGCAGCUUAUCAUGGAGGCCACGGCCGACGGACGAGUGCUGGAGUACGACACAGAGACCCGAGAGCUAACCGUGCUGAUGGAGAACCUCCGCUUCCCAAACGGCAUCCAGCUGCUUCCUGACGAGGAGUCGGUCCUGGUGGCCGAGACCACCAUGGCCCGGAUACGCAGAGUCCACGUUGCCGGUCUGAACAAAGGCGGGAUGGACACGUUCAUCGACAACCUUCCCGGCUUCCCUGACAACAUCCGGCCGAGCUCCAGCGGAGGCUACUGGGUGGCCAUGUCGGCCGUGAGGCCCAACCCCGGCUUCUCCAUGCUGGACUUCCUCUCCCAGAGACCCUGGAUCAAGAAGUUCAUCUUCAAGCUGUUCAGCCAGGAAGUCCUGAUGAAGUUCGUCCCUCGCUACAGUCUGGUGGCCGAGCUCCACGACGGUGGCGUCUGCACCCGCAGCUUCCACGACCCCGGUGGCCUGGUGGCGGCCUACGUCAGCGAGGCCCACGAGCAUGCUGGGAGUUUGUACCUGGGCUCCUUCCGCUCGCCGUACAUCGCCAAACUCGACCUGCGCGGCAUCUAACAAGACUAACGAGCGUCUAACGAGACUCGGAGAGAGUUUUCGACUCGGCUCCUCCCCUUUCAGUUCGUUUGUCGUUUGUUUCUUGUGUUUCAGUCGAACAAAAACUCAGACUUCACUAAACUCAAAAAGCAAUAUUACAACAUUAAUUUACUAUUUCAUUCAUACAUUACUCUCACACACAGACACACACACAGACACAGAGACACACACAUACAAAUGCAGACACACAAUCACACGAUCAGACAUAGGGGCGUACAGACAGAGUGACACACACAGAGACACAAACAAACACACACACAGAGACACACAGACACAAACACACACACAGAGACACACAGACGUCACUAAACAGAAAGCUGAGUUAGUUCUGAUAUAUAAACACGGAUCAGUUUUAUUCAAAUUUAAUUUAAGAAGAAAUCUGAAAACGCCCUCAGACCUCGGAGGGCUAUCGGCUUCUACCGUUGCCAUGGGAACAGCUUUUCCUGUUGCCGGGGAAACACAGUUUGGGUAUAAAAUGUGAAAGUUUAGUUUUGGUUCUCAGGGUUUGUGACGGGCAGAUGGUCCGCGGCCGAGCGCCGCGCUGACCGGAGACAACACCGAACAACGCCAGCUAGCUCGCUCACCUGCUACUGGCUUACUCUCUCCCAGGUUAGCGUUAGCGUUGUAGCGUGUUUGCCCGUUAAUGUUUGGGGUUGUGUGUCGCUGCCUACACAGCUAACUGUGUUGUCUGAACUUCAGCGAGGCUCGUGUUAAGCUUUUAGCGCUACUAGCCGCCUCUUAGCACUACUAGCCGCCUGUUAGCACUACCAGACGCCUCUUAGCACGACUAGCCGUCUCUUAGCGCCACUAGCCUUCUCUUAGCGCUACUAGCCGCCUCUUAGCACUACUAGACGUCUCUUAGUGCACGUUUAGUAGUGCUACUAGACGUCUCUUAGCGCUAUUAGACGUCUCUUAGCGCUACUAGCUGUCUCUUAGCGCUACUAGACGCUUCUUAGCGCUACUAGCCAUCUCUUUGCACUACUAGAUGCCUCUUAGCGCUACUAGACGUCUCUUAGCACUACUAGCCGCCUCUGUGCACUGCUAGACGCCUCUUACCGCUGCUAGCCACCUGUUAGCUGGCCUGAACCCACACAUGUAACAACAAAUUAAAGUUUGAGUGUCACAUUUUA